GUUCAGUCCAGGGUGUUGUAGGGGCCGUCUCAUGUAUUCUCGUCCAUAAGGUGAGGUGUGAUGGGUGAGGUGGAUGAGAGGUUGACCUCCUCGGGUGUUGCUGGUCACCAUGCUUUUGCUAACAGAGGAUGGCUCAAGACACAUCUCCUGUCCUACAAAACCCUCAGUCUGGUGGUGCUGUCUGUGCAAACUUCAACGAUGGUCCUGCUUCUUCGUUACAGCCGCACGUCAAUUAAUUUUGCCCAUCAGCCAUACAUCAUCACCACUGCUGUCUUCUCAUCUGAGGUUCUUAAGCUGGGACUUUCCCUGGGAUUUUUACACAUAGAGUCUGGUAAGGUAAUGAAAGCAACUUUGAAUCGGCUUUAUGAAGACGUAUUUAUCAAUAUUUGGGAGACAUUGAAACUGGCCAUUCCAGCUUUUUUAUAUGUCGUCCAAAACAACUUGCUUUUUAUUGCACUCUCCAACCUGGAUGCUGCCACAUAUCAGGUCACGUACCAGUUAAAGAUCCUGACGACAGCUAUUUUCUCAUGGGUAAUGCUCGGCAAGCGUCUUACACCCAUCCACUGGCUAGCCCUCUGUCUGCUCAUGUUGGGGGUCUCUCUUGUACAGGUGGAGGGGAGCAGUAAUGGUAAUGGCAGCAACAGUAAGGUUCUGCCAGUUGCCCCAGAGGUGGAGGUGCUUGAGGGUGGUGAUUCAGUGAUACUCGGAGGCACAGAGGAAGGUGCAGGUUUUCCACCGCCUGACAUACGCAAUGAACACCCCAACACAGAAGUAUCGAGACUUUUAGGAAUUUUAGCAGUUUUUGUAUCGUGUAUUUCUAGCGGAUUCUCGGGCGUGUACUUUGAACGACUCGUUAAGAGAGGUACACAAACAUCAUUGAUCAUCAGAAAUAUUCAGCUGGGAAUGUUUUCUAUUGCAUUUGCUGUGAUAGCAGUGAGCAGUGAUAGUACAGCUAUUAAGGACGGGGGGUUCUUCCAGGGUUACUCCGUUGCCACUUGGAUGGUAGUUCUUAUACAAGCAUUUGGUGGACUGGUAGUGUCAGUGGCAAUGAAGUACGCCGAUAACAUUCUGAAGGGGUUUGCCACUUCGCUGUCCAUUGUGAUGUCUACUCUAGUGUCGUGGCUGGUCUUGGGAGACGCUGCCCCAUCCACACAGUUUGUUGUCGGAGCAACCAUUGUUAUAUCAUCAACGGUACUGUAUGGCCUCACCCCUCAAAAGGGGGGUGUGUACACUGCAGGUUCUCAGCUUUCAUCUAUCAACAGCUCUCAUAAGAUCAUCAAGGAAGAAAAAAGUGAGUGAAAUCGUAUGACCUAAGCAAAGGUGGCCACUUUUAACAGAUGUUACACAAUGUAAAAGUUAAGACAUGAAAUUCAUGAGGCUGCCUAAAGGUAAGUCAGCUAUGUAUAUUUUCAUCUACAAUAUUUGUGUCAAAAUACAGUACAGUAUUUGAAUAUAAUUACUGUAAUGGAAUAUUUCCCACAGAGGGUUUUUGUGUGAUUAUCUGUGUUGUUACUGGCAGCUGUGGUCACCCAGGAUAAUGUUUAGUCACUUGGAGGGCAUUAUUACUAAUACUGUACAGGACUGGUCAUAAUUAGUCAGGCUAGAAAAUGGGUGCAUAGGUGUGAUACCUGUGCUCAAGAAGGUCAUGAAGAAUGUGUUCAGUGAUGUUAUGGUUAUUUGGAUAAUUUACUAUAAGUUAAAGUUUAGAUAAUUAAGGUUAAUGUUGAUGCCAGAGGCACUUUUUUCAGUAAAUAUUUAAAGUUUAUUAUAAAAAAUCGGCAGGUCAGGUGUUUAGUAAGAACUUAUUAAUGUAAUGCUUUUUCUUCUACUUUACAAUGGUAAGUGAAGAUAUGUGCAGAAAAUAUUGUGUUAUUUAAUCUAAAGAAAAUACAGGCAUCCCCCGGGUUACAGAAUUUCGCCCUUACGGAACUUACAAAUUUAGACCUUAAUUUCGGGUUACAGAAAAGAAAAUAACCUCUAUGGAAUUUUAAAGAAAAAAAUGCUAUUUUUAAUAAAAAAUUUAACCAAAAAAAUUUAAAAGUAGUGUGUGAAUGCAUUUGUGGUGGCCACAAGGCCGCUCAACUCCCCAGUUAUCAUCAAUCACCAUAACAAUGGAGCUGCUCAGUUUAAAUUCUUUCCCCAGGUUGUUUUCAGUUAUGUGGCUGUUACUUUGUACCCUUAUUCAAGAUGAGUGGAAAAAGCCUAUCAAGUUCAAGUGAAAGCAGUGGUGAUAAAAGAUUCCAUAAAGGAAUUACAUUGGACAUUAAACUUGAUGUUGUAAGGAGGUAACUCCCAGUAAUUCUGAUCCCACAACUUCACCACCACCUGCAGCACUCAAUAUUGUUUCUGGUAAGUAAAAUUAGAGUGUUCUGUUCAUUUUUUAUCAUGUUACAUCAUGAAUGACUCAUCAUAUGUGGCUAAAACUGUCUAAUUUCAUACACAUACGUGCUUGUGUCACAUUUUUGGGCCUUAAGAAAUUUCCUUAGGAAUGCAUCUCAACUUUUAUGCUGGAAGCAUAUGAGAAAAGUGGUUUUGCGUUACAGAAUUUUGCUUUACGGAAAGAUUUUCAGGAAUGGAACCCUUCCGUAACCUGGGGGAUGCCUGUACUGUACUUAUAUUGUACAGUAUAUACUGUAAGGUAUACUAUAAUUUGUACUAAGCGGAAGUCCUGAUAUUCCCAUUAGGUAUGGGCAUCACUGGGUGUCAGAAGUACCCUCCAGAUGAUACAUUUACCUUCCAGAAAGGGGAAUUUUAUCAAUGGUUUACAUUCAUUGUAGGUUCUUGUGGCCAAGUGACAUACAGUUCAGUGGCUAAGGUUUUAUCUUUUACCAUUACAGUAUGUGCAAUAUGCCUGGUCUGUUGUCUUUCUAUAAAUGUUAACUUGAGACCUGAGAAUUUUUUACUACUUCUCAUCUAAGGAACUAUGAUCUGUCUCAGUCACUGGAAAUGUAAAUAUUCAUUAUUAGCAAUACUUUUUUGCAUUCCUGAAAGAAAAAGAUCAUUCAAAGAAAGAAGUUACAUUGCUGGGUUAGUAACUGUAGAUCUUCGGUAAACUCUCCAUUUACCAAAGCUUGCAGGGGGAAGGAUGUUAUUUGGUCACAAAAACUUUGUUUACCACUUAAUUAUAAGUAACCUUUUGUUUGUGUAUUACAGUAGCUAGAGCUAUUGAAUUACCUUAUACGAAUUGUUUAUAACUCUACCAAAGACAUAAAUACUCGGCUUAUUAAUUAUGAAUAUGAUAUUUAUAAACAUGACUUAAGCUAAAGUAACAUAUUCUACUCAAUAAAUUAACAUCAGAACAAUAAAUUUCUAACAGUGAGUUUAACAUGACACAGUGGUAAGGAGCACAGUUGGUGGGAUAUCAGAGGUAGUAAUGUUUAUCAGUCCACCACAGUGCGUUGUAAUGAAGUGUUAGCCCAAAAAUUCCCAAUAAUCACAGAAUUUGUUAAUGUUUGGAUUAAUUGGAGGGUUUACUGCAUGUUAGAAGAUUUUGUUAUACUGUAUUUAUUUUCUUUGAGUGAAACAUGUUGAAAAUAAGUAUUGCUUACUAAUAAUCAUGUCACAAUACUGAUGCUAGUCUUAUAUAUGUGAUAUUUAAUGUAUACAUAUUUGUUCUUAAUUUAUAAUGUUCUAGUACAAAGAACAGAAUGCAUAUGUAUAUUACUAUCUUCAUUAUUUAACUUACACAGUGCUAUAAUUGAGACUUCUCUAAAAGGAACAUUAUGUAUGGUCACAAGGAGGAGGUUUUAAGUUGAUCAUCAUACACAUUUAUUUUAGAAAUUUGAAAAAAAACUUAUUCAUCCAACCCAUCAAAUAAUCACCCAAUACAUCACUUAACUAUUGCAUUUUGCCUUGUAAAUACCAAUUGUUCUCUUCAUCCUUCAAUAUUCAGUUCCUUGCUUUUAAACUGAAAUAAUGUUCAAAUUGGAUGACACCUGAGUAACUUUAAUGUGAUCAAUGAGUCAAUAAACUAAUGAAUGUAGAUAAUUAGAUAUAUUACUUGAUAUACCUUUGGUAAAACAUGGCCUUUUUAGAAAAUGUUGACACACCUGUACUUGCUUUGAUAUAAGAUUAAAUUUGUUUCAUGAAUAUCAUAGCUGUGUUGUUUAUGUUGGUGUAGGAAUUAAUAUAUUUUUUGUUAAAGUCCACAUUUUUCUCCUGUAAGUUAAAUGAUACUACAGGGGUUAGUUGUCUAUGAGCUAAAUACCAUUAUGCACAUCUCUUUACACUGCAUCGUAAUCUAUGAACCAAACACCUUAGCUUCUUACACCUCUGUUUACAUUGUCUUUACUGUCAGUUUACACAUCUCACGGGGCAUAUGUCAUAUCUAUUGUUUUUCCUUUGUCUUUUAUUUAUUUUACUCUUACCUUUGAAAUUGCUUUUAUAGCCUUGCUCUGUAUGUAAAUAUUCAUCUCACACACUGGAAAUGUUUUUCUUUCUGUACCGGUAGUCAUCAUUUCUCUUCGAAGAUGUUGAUAGUUGCCGAAUUAAACAGGAUCCUUGUGGUUCCUUUACUCUCUGCAAACCAAUUAUUUCUCCACUCUUAUUGAUUCCACUUUCUAUAUUUUAUUUAUUUUUUCAACUCUUAGCUCUUACCACAUCUGUCACUCACAUGAUUCAUUUCAACAGCUUAAAUUUUAAAACUUUUGUACUGUAUUUCAUUUCCAUUUCACUCCCCCCAGAUCCAUGGUUAUACAGUAAUUGUAUUAAUUCAUAAACCUCUUCUAAAAUCUAGAUCUGUUUUCCUUUAGUCUGUUUGAGUGUUAAUAGGUUUUAUCUGCCAACAGUACAAAAGCAACAAAUUGGCUAUUCACCAACUGCUCUCUCUCUGAUUUGAUCUCCAUUUACUAAAACAUCUUUGCUUCUUUCCUCACCCUCAUGAUUUAUUAGUCUAUACUGUACUUCUUUCUUCCUUGACAUGCUUAGUUCUUAACUCUGCUUUCCUGUACUGUAUAUUAAUAGUACUGUACUAUUUGUAACGUUAUUCUGUCACCUGGUAUAGUCCGCCAAAAAACUAUUAGCAAAGGAGUAUUAUAGGUGUAGGUAGAACAGUUCACAAGAGCACAAAUUCCAAUAGUCUACUUCUAUGAUAGGGUUGUGUUCCUGAAAACCUUGUAGACUGAAUAAUCUUAAUCUGAAUCUCGCAUUUAUCCGUUGAUUACUAUUAUAAAUUAAGAUAUAUUUUAAAAACGAACAUCAUCGACUGAAAUGCUUGCUCUUUUAUUUUUCAUUAUGUACUUAUAAUAAUCUUCCAGUAAUUUUUGUGCCAUUCUAUACUAUCAGUCUCUAUUCCAGUUACUUUCAACUGCAUAUCACACGAUUUCUCUUUUCAACGAGUACGUACAGUAUAUUUUGCCUUUAAUCUAUGUUAUACUGUCUAUGUUAAGAAUCCUUUUUUUGUUUUAUUCCCACAUUCCUAAGUGAUUCACCAGUGUGCUGUGUUUUAGCUAAGUUCUCUUAACACAAGACCUUCUACAUAGAACUUAUGUAUCCCUACGAGCACCUUGCUUUUAAUCAGUUUUAUACUUUGUCAUUAUUUCCACAUUGCAUAACACCCUUCCAUUAUUGUGCAUCAUUUGAAUGUAGCUUAGAUGAUGCUACCUUGUUGUAGUGAAGGUUGUGAACUUUCUUCUAUAAAAUCAAUAUUUUUUUGUUAUUGUUAUCCAAAUAGUGAUAGGCCUCAUGAGGAAGGUUAUACCACAGUGUUUCAUACAACAUUGGCCUUUUGUAGUGUAACUGGUAAUGGAAUGGAAAAAAUCUUAGUUAGUGAAGUAAACUCAACAAACUUUUAAGACCUUUUAGUUAAACAUGAAUAAAGUAAUCAAGAAAAUUUUUAUCUGAUGUUUAAAUUCUUUGAGUGAAAGUUAUUUCCCUUGUCAUUCCUAGAAAUGCACUAUAAAGUAAGUAAAUUGAAAAAUAUAUUGUAAAUUAAAAUAUACGUACUUACGCUAAAGAUCUGUAAGAACCAAUCGAUGUGAAGAUGUCACCCUUAUAUUUUGCAAUGCAUAUGAAAGUAAACUGUCCAAGUGAUAUACUGUAGUAAGCCCUCAAUGAGUUAAUUACAACACUUACCUUACACUUCCCUUUCAUAUUUCUUAAUUAUUCAUUACAUUCAUUUGUUGGCUUUAUCAUCAAUACCAUAUACCAAUAACACAUACAGAAUCCCUAUCAUAGCUCUCAUUAACAGUUUCUGCCAUUACACCUAAAGUAAAGGAAAACUCCAAUAGAUGUUCAUAAUUGUAACCAACAGACAGAGAGCUAAUGAUGGGCCAGGAGAUGCAAAGUAUAAUGGAAUGAUAGUGGUUACUGAAGCAAAUACUUCCCUAAAAUAAUAUCAUAGUAUAACUCAGCAUUGUAUUUAGUGGAUUUAACUUUAGGCCUGUAAUAACCUGCAAUUUCUAACCUGUUUAAUUCUUUUCUCUUCUCAUAAUGCUGACAGCUUUAACAAUUCUCCUUCUACACCAAAAAAUUGUAAAUGCUUUUCAUGUUUUAUUUUAAAAAAUUUCUAAAUUAUCAGAUACAGUACUAAUUACACCUUUUUUUCUCGAGGUAAUAAAUUCUCUCUUUAGGAUUUUCUCAAUUCAGAUUCUCAGAGUGAAGGUGAUCCACACUCAUUUCACUCAGUAUAUCCUACACUUAUUUUUCCACCCUGCAUGUACAGAUCCAGCACUCAUCUAACCACAAUCACAUUAUUAAUAAACAAAAAUAAUUUAUUCAAGGCUAAAAUAAAAAUAUAAAUUCUUCUUUCUUCAAUGUUUUGUAAACAAACAUUCUCAAGGUGAUGAACUAGCCCACUAAUCUACGUAUAAAUAUCACACACUCACACAUUGUUCUCUCCCAUAUCUAGAUUAGUAAAUAUAUUCACUUCCUUGCUCACUUAACAUUCUUUGUAAGCGAACAUCUGAUCUACAUAACCAUGUCAUUCCAUAAAGCUUUCCAAAUUUUCUCUCACUUAAGACUAAAAUGAUUCUUUCUGUUACUACACACAUAUGUACUACCUCUUAUACUCCCCAAGCUAAUACCAGAAUAAUUCUUAAGUGCUACAAUGUUGAGGACUAUAUUAACAUUUAUGAACUUGUUAUAAACUACACUGGUUGUGCUGGGUAUUACUUGAGGUGAGAUUUUAGUUUUAUCACCAAAAUGUCACAAAGUUCAUGACAGUUUUAAUAAUGUAUGUACAGUGCUUUAGGUUCAAGACUUACUUUUAGUCUUCAGAAUGCAGAAAAUUACUCAAAAAAGGUCAACAUUGAUGCUUAAUGAUUUAAGCAGGAAAGAAAAUAAUGUACCGUAGAUUCGGGUUAAUUUGAUAUGUAAUUGUAGCAUUGAAUUAUUAUAUUCGUUAUUUAAUAAUGGUACGUGUGAGAAAAGAAUUUAAAUAAACGAGAAUGAAAUUACAGUA